AUGGAGUUUGUGUCUGGAUACCGGGAUGAGUUCCUUGAUUUUGCUGCCCUCCUCUUUGGCUGGUUCCGCAAGUUUGUGGCAGAACGUGGGGCUGCAGGGGCCAGCGUUGAUGGCCGCUGGCAACAGCUGGAGACUCAGAUCAGAAGGCUGCCCCAGGACCCUGCCCUUUGGGUGCUCCACGUCUUGCCCAACCAUAGUGUGGGCAUCAGCCUGGGGCAAGGGGCAGAGCCAGGCCCUGGACCAGGUCUGGGGGCUGCCCGGCUCCUAGGAGAUGAGCCCCCACUCCACCUUCGAGACCUAAGCCCCUAUGUCAGCUUUGUCAGCCUGGAGGAAGGGGAGGAAGAGGAGGAGGAGAACGAGGAAGAGGAAGAGAAUGUUGAGGAGGAGGGUGCAGGCGUGGAGAAGGUAGAACCAGAGGAGGGUGGGGAGCCAGCCCCUGUCAGCAGCGAGACCCCCCAGGAAGCAAACCCUCCAGGGGAGCCAGAGGAGGCUGAGCAGGAGGCAGGAGGUGGCGAGGAUGGCUGCCGAGAGGACAGGGCAGAGGACGAAACGGGGCCUGAGAGGAGGAAGGGACGGAGAAGUGAGGCUGCCCCCCUGCACCUUUCCUGCCUUUUACUGGUGACGGAUGAAUAUGGCACCAUCUUGGGCAUUGACCUGCUAAUGGGUGGAGCCCAGGGGAGUGCCGGCAGGGUCUCAGGGACAGAGAACCUGGCUCCUCGGGCCUAUGCUCUCCUCUGCCACAGCAUGACCUGCCCCAUGGGCUCUGGAGACCCCCGAAAGCCCCGACAGCUUACCGUGGGAGACGCUCAGCUGCACAGAGAGCUGGAGAGUCUGGUCCCAAGGCUGGGAGUGAAGUUAGCCAAGACCCCAAUGCGGACAUGGGGUCCCCAGCCAGGCUUCACCUUUGCCUCCCUUCGGGCCCGAACCUGCCAUGUUUGUCACAGGCACAGCUUUGAAGUGAAGCUGACACCCUGCCCCCAGUGCAGUGCUGUCUUAUACUGUGGAGAGGCUUGUCUCCGGGCCGACUGGCAGCGAUGCCCAGAUGAUGUGAGCCACCGAUUUUGGUGCCCAAGGCUUGCAGCCUUCAUGGAGCGAGCUGAAGAACUGGCAACCCUGCCUUUUACCUACACCGCAGAGGUGACCAGUGAAACCUUCAACAAGGAGGCCUUCCUGGCCUCGCGGGGCCUCACUGGUGGCUACUGGACCCAGCUCAGCAUGCUGAUUCCCGGCCCUGGCACACCGAGGCACCCCUGGGGCAGCACGCCAUGCCUCAACCUUCUUCUCGGUGGAGAUCCCUACCAGCUUCUCCAGGGGGAUGGGCCUGCCCUGAUGCCUCCUUUGCCCCCAGAUCCACCCAGAGGCCUCUUUGGUUCUUGGCAGGAUUACUACACAUGGCGGGGCCUCAGCUUGGACUCCCCCGUGGCUGUGCUUCUCACCUACCCACUGACUGUGUACUACGUCAUCACCCACCUGGUGCCCCAGUCCUUCCCUGAGCUCAACAUCCAGAACAAACAGUCACUGAAAAUCCAUGUGGUGGAGGCCGGGAAGGAGUUUGACCUUGUCAUGGUGUUUUGGGAGCUCUUGGUCUUGCUCCCCCACGUGGCCCUGGAGAUGCAGUUUGUGGGUGACGGCCUGCCCCCUGAGAGUGACCAGCAGCAUUUUACCCUGCAGAGGAAUGGCCCCGAAGUAUCUGCCCGUUCUAGUCCUGGGGUAUCAGCACGGCUCAACUCUGGGACUAAAGAGAAGGGGGGCCACAGGGACCUGCAGAUCAAGGUGUCUGCCCGGCCCUACCACCUGCUCCAGGGGCCUAAGCCUGACCUGGUUAUCGGAUUUAACUCUGGCUUUGGUCUCAAGGACACUUGGCUGAGCUCACUGCCCCGGUUACAGUCCCUCCGAGUGCCGGCCUUCUUCACCGAGAGCAGCGAGUACGGCUGUGUGAUGGACGACCAGACCAUGGCGGUGGCCACAGGAGGGGGCACCAGCCCUCCACAGCCCAACCCCUUCCGCUCCCCGUUUCGCCUCAGAGCGGGUGACAAUUGCAUGCCUUGGUACUGCAACGCCUUUAUCUUCCACCUGGUCUACAAGCCCCCGCAGGGGAACGGGGCUCGCCCUGCGCCCAGGCCCGCACCCCCAGCCCCAACUCCCGCCGCUCCUCCCGUCCCCGCCCGAAGGCGCCGAGGAGAAAAGAAGCUUAGGCGGGGGGCCCGCCGGCGGAGAUGAGGGCGGAGAGGUAGCAGUCCACCCGUCCCCCAACACGCCUCUGAAAGGAAUACGAAAAUACUCAAGGCCGGGGAGUAGGCCGGUUGGAGGAACACGAAACGGUAAAUAAAAUUACUUGUUUGAAACCACUG